AUGGCCGACGCAUUCCCCAAGUUCCGCCCGCCGGAACUGGCGGAGCUCGCCGUCUCCUACGACGGCCUCCAGUUCUGGCAGUUCAUGGUGGCGGGCUCCGUCGCCGGUGUGGUGGAGCACACGGCCAUGUUCCCGGUGGACACCCUCAAAACCAGGAUGCAGGCGCAGAGGCCCCCCUGCCGGCAGCCGGCGAGUCUCCGGCGGGUCCUGUCCGGCAUCCUCAAGCUCGAGGCCCCCCUCUCUCUUUACAGAGGCAUCAGCGCCAUGGGGCUCGGUGCCGUCCCCGCCCAUGCCGUCUACUUCUCCGUCUACGAGGCCUCCAAGGAGUUCCUCACCGGGGGGAACCCUAACAGCGUGGGGAACCCCGCCCAUCCUGUAGGAUACGGUGAACCAGCGGCUGCAGCUGAGGGGGAGCCGCUACAGAGGGGCCAUGGACUGUGUGCGCAAGCUUCUGCGAGAGGAGGGGACGAGGGCCUUCUUGGUCUCCUACAGGACCACCGUUGUGAUGAACGCCCCCUUCACCGCCGUCCACUUCUCCACCUACGAGGCCGCGAAGAGGGCACUGACGGAGGUGUCGCUGGCGACCGCCGCGGGCGACGAGGAGAGGCUGGUGGUCCACGCCACCGCCGGCGCCGCCGCUGGCGCGUUGGCCGCCUUCGUCACUACACCUCUGGAUGUGGUGAAGACCCAGCUUCAGUGCCAGGUACUAUUUCUCCCUCCCUCCAUCUACAAGGAACUCCAUGAAAUUCUACUUGAUCAACUAGUAUAUAUCGAUUGAACAAGAAAGGAUCUUGAUCCUCGAAUCCGUCAUCUGAUGAUUGUCUGCUACACCUUUCCGCUGAAUUCCCGACAGCACUAGAAUUCCUCCUGUUUGAAGGAUCAUGAAGCUCCAUCAAGGGAUAUCCAGAGUAUUGAUUUUUUUCUUCGAAGAAAAAAAACGUCGAUAGAUGGAAUUUCUGUUCCUCAUUUUCAUCGUCUCGCUGACAUUGGGAUCAAUGAAUCGGAUGAUGGCUCGUGGAUUCAUCCUCUGAAACCCUAGCCUGGGAAGGACCCGGGAGGCAAGAAGGAGACUGUGAGUGGGGCGCUAACUUUUCUGUUCAUUUUGGGGUUGACCAACAGGGGGUCUGCGGCUGCGAGAGAUUCUCCGGCGGGUCGAUUUUGGAGGAGGUGAGGAGCAUCGUGAGAAGAGACGGCUACGUGGGGCUGGCGAGGGGGUGGAGGCUGCGGAUGCUGUUCCACGCCCCCGCCGCCGCCGUCUGCUGGUCAACCUACGAGGGCGCCAAGGCCUUCUUCCAGGAGGUCAACCAGACCGCCUGA